AUGGUGAAACGUGGCAACGAUGCGGUGCACUGGUACAUGACAGAGGUGGGAGCUCGUGUCGUGGCGAAGACCGGGAUCCCUUCAGACAGACAUCACCUCGGGAAGCUGAUGCUGCAUAGCCUGCAAGACGAUCCCGACUUUAUUCUGCAGAUCGAUGGAGCGACUGGUGAAUCAGAAACCUUCGGCUCAGCUUUAGACAGGAGCAUCCGAUGCGCUGUCUCUCUCACCAACAUGGGGCUGAAGAAAGGCGACGUCAUGGUGCUGAUGGGACCAAAUCACAUAGAUUACUGUAUACCUCAUACUGCUGGACUAUUCCUUGGGAUUAUGGUAGCUUCUGUCGAUGCCACUUUAUGUGUUAGUGAGCUUGAACAGUUAUUUGAAACAAAUCGUCCUAAAAUCAUUUUUGGUCAGAGCACAAAAUUAGCACAUAUUAAUGAAGCCCUAUCCUUGUCUAAAGUAGAUGCAAAAAUUGUGACUUUCGACAACGAUAGCGAUAGUACAUUGGCGCAACUGUUGGGUGAUGCAGACGAGGCAUCGGUGAAGAACUUUCAACCAACAGACUUCGAUCCCAGCAGCACAAUAGCUUUCCUUACAUCUACCAGUGGCACCACAGGGAUCCCAAAGACGGCCAUGAUAACACAUGAGAACUUGGCUAUAUCAUUGCCUUACAUCUGGAAAACCAUGAGCGAUUUCCCAUCACCGGUAAAGAUAGCAUUUGUAGUAUCACCAGCGCAGUGGAUCACAACUGGAUUCAAUUAUAUCAUCGCUCCAGUGUUUAAGUUUACUAGACUACAAACAUCAGCCCCCGUCACACCAGAUCAUUUCGGAGACUUAGUGGACAAAUACAGGCCCGGUUACAUUCUUUGCAAUCCAGUUUUGAUGAAGACGCUAGCUGAGCAAGCCAAGUGUGACUUCACCUGCUUCAAGCUCAUGACUCUAGGAGGCAGCUUUGUACCACAGGAGCUGGUUGACAAAAUGAAGAAACUGACUCAGUCUGAAAAUGUGUUCGUAAUGUAUGGUAUGAGUGAACUGAGUGGAACUGCUUUUUUCAACGACUGCACUGUUCCAUCAGGCUCUUGCGGAAAACCAGCUGGUUCCUUUGACUGCAAAUUAGUGGACCCUGAGACCAAUGAAGAAGUGACUGAACCCCAUGUGCCAGGAGAAUUGUGGUUCAAGGGUCCUGCUGUAUUUAAGGGAUACCACAAUAACCCAGAAGUGACAAGAGAGACAUUCAGUGAUGAUGGCUGGUUCCGAUGUGGGGAUAUUUUCUACAGAGAUGAAUCUUGGAACGUGUAUUUUGUGGAACGAUAUAAGUCACUAUUGAAGUAUAAUAAUCAUCAGGUAUCUCCGUUAGAAGUCGAAAUGAUAAUAAUGAAGCACCCUGGGGUAUCCCAAGUGGCAGUAACAGGUAUACCAGACAGGGAGAGCGGGGACCUGGUGGUGGCGUGUGUUGUACCCAAGCCUGGCUGCAACCCUACAGCACAGGAGAUCAAAGACCUGGUCAAAGAAAACCUGACGGAGACAAAACAUUUAAGGGGAGGAGUGAUCUUCAUAAAGAGUUUACCCAUCACCAGCGCAUCCAAGAUUAACAGACAGAAGCUGAAGGAACUGGCACUCACAAUGCCAAGAGAAUAA